AUGCUCUUGGGGGUGCAACGCCGAUGCAGCACGGCCCUAGGGCUGCAGCCCCUCCGGGUUGCACCCGUUUUCAACCCCUUUUCCCCCUCUUUUCCCUCCUCAGACCACCCCAACCCCUGCCACGGCGUCCUGUGCCGCCCCGGCGAGCGCUGCCACGUCUCCUCCGGCCGCCCGCGCUGCCAGGCCGCGCCCGAGGCCACGUGCCAGCUGCGACCCGCCGCCCGCCCCUUCGCCUCCGCCCGCCCCUUCGCCUCCGCCCGCGCCUCCGCCCUGCCCAGCCCCUGCCGCUACGUCGUGGCCCGCGCCUGCAGCCCCGACGCCUCCCUGCCCGCCUUCAGCGUGGAGGCCGAGGUGCUCGGCGCCGCCGUCACCUCCCUCCUCGUGCGCGUCUACAACGUCACCGUGGCCGCCCGGCAGGGCGAGGAGGGAUUCGUCCGGGUGAACAACCGGAGCUUGGCGCUGCCGCUGGCCGUGCGCGGGGCGCGCGUGCGGGCGGCGCGGGGCGGCGCGGGGCUGCUGCUGGACACCGACUUCUCCCUGCGCGUGGCCUACGACUGGCGAGGGGCCGCCAACGUCACCGUCCCCGGCGCCUUCGCCCGGAGCAUCUGCGGCAUCUGCGGCGGCGACGCCGGUUCCUCCGAAGGCACCGAAGCCUUUUGCGGGCGCUUGGCCCUGGGGGAGCUUUUCGGGGUGUGCCAAGGGGUUGUGGAUCCCCGGGGGUACCUCGAGGGGUGCGUGGGGGAGCCCUGCAGCAACGGCAGCGCUUGCCGGGCCCUGGAGAGCUACGCGGCGGCGUGCGAGGAGCGCGGGGUGCAAGUGCCCGACUGGCGGAGGGCGGAGGGGUGCGCCCUCUCCUGCCCGGAAAACAGUCGCUACAACCCCUGCGGCUGCCCCCGCACUUGCGCCCACCUCCACGACCCCCAAAACUGCUCGACCCCCUGCCGGGAGACCUGCGAGUGCGCCGAGGGCUUCGUCUUCGUCAACGGCACCUGCGCGGCGGCGGCGGCGGCCUGCGGUUGCCACCACGGCGGGCACCGUUACGCCCCCGGGCAGCGGUUUUGGGGGGGGGAUAAUUGCACCCGCAGGUGUUUUUGCCACCCCGGGGAGCAGCGGGUUCGGUGCCGGGAGGACGGGUGUCGCCAGGGCGAGAGGUGCCGGGUGGUGGAGGGGGUUCGGGGCUGUUACCCCGAGAAUUACGGGACGUGUCGCGCCGGGAGGGACGGGGUUUACGUCACCUUCGACGGGCGGCGGGGUGAUUUUGCAAGCCGUUGCCGCCGCGAGUUCGUGGGGGGGCGAGGGGCGAGGGGUGGGUCGGGGGGUUUCCGGGUGUUGGUGGGAAAUGAGGGGGAGGAACCGUACGGCACCGCCGGCGCCCGCUCGGUCCAGGUCGUCGUCUACGGCUACAACGUCACCCUCAGCCACGACUUCCCGGGAAGGGCCAUGGUUGACGGUCUAUUGGUCAACCUCCCCCACACCCUCCCUGGGGGCAACGUCUCCAUCACCCGCCGGGGCUGGGGCACCAUCUUGCGCACCGAUUCCCACCUGACCGUCUCCUUCGACGGGCAGAGCCACUUGGCUGUCACCGUCCCCAGCACCUACGCCGGGGCUCUACGCGGCCUCUGCGGCAACUUCGACGGCGACCCCCGCAACGACUCCCCCCCCGAGGCGACGCCGGGUUGCGAAGAGCCAGCACCGCGCCCAUGCUCCAGCCGCGCCGUCAUCGGCCGCAAGCAACGGGCCAACGGGGAGGAAUGUGGGCUCAUCUUGUUACCCGAGGGGCCGUUCCGGUCUUGCCACCCCCGGGUUGACCCCGAGAGCUAUUUCCAAGCUUGCGUCACCGAUUAUUGCGUCUUCCGAGGGCACAAGGCCAUCGUCUGCCAGGCGGUGAAGGGCUACGCCGCUGCCUGCCAGGAGGCCGGGGCUGUCCUCGAGCCCUGGCGUUCCAAGGCCUUCUGUGCACCCGCCUGCCCCCCGCACUCGCACUACGAGCUCAACGGCACCGCUUGCCCGACCACGUGCAACCAACCCGCCAACGCGGCGACCUGCAACCUACCGGCCACCGAGGGUUGCUUCUGCGACGAGGGUUUCGUCCUCAGCGGCGACCGUUGCGUGGCACCACCCGACUGCGGUUGUCACCACCGGGGACGUUACUACCACCGGGGAGAGGAGUUUUACCCCGGGGACGGGUGCGACGAGCGUUGCCGUUGCACGGCGGCGGGGACGGUGACGUGUCGGGCGGCCCCGUGCGCCCCGGGGCAGGAGUGCCGGGUGGAAAACGGCAUCCGGGGUUGUCACGGUGGGCAGCGUGGCCGGUGCGUCCUCUUGGGCGCUCGGCGUUUGGUCACCUUCGACGGGUUGAAUUUUACCCUCGGCGGUUCUUGCCGCUACGUCUUGGCCAAGGUCUACCACGGCGACGAGUUGGAGGUGACGCUGGAAAAUGACGGGGGUGUCACCGUGGCGGUCGGGGGCUCCCGCGUCACCGUGCCGAGUGGGAGCAUGUGGACCGUUGACGUGGACGGGGAGACGCGGGCUUUGCCGUUAUCGGUGGGCGACGGGAAGACUUGGGUGACCCAAGAAGGGACCAACAUCGUCCUUCAAACGACCUCCGGCCACCGUCUCGUCUACGGCGGCGCCGUCCUCUUGCUCACCGUCCCCGCCGGCGCCGCGGGGCGGACGCGCGGCCUCUGCGGCGACUUCGACGGCGACGGCGGCAACGAUUUGGCAGGAGCCGACGUCGCCCGGCUCAACGGGAGCCGAGAAUCGGCGACGACGGGCAAAUCCGCGGCGGCCUGUUGGCAGGAGGGCGGCGGGACGUCCGCCGGCCGCUCGCCGGAUGCCGCCGGGCCCUACCGCGGCGAGGAGUCGUGCGGGAUGAUGGUGGCGGCGGCGGGACCCUUCGGAGGCUGCCACGGGACGGUGGCGCCCGAGGAAUUCUUCGAGCAUUGCCUGCGGGAGAUGGUGGCGGGCGGCGGGGCCGCGGAGCCGCUCUGCCGGAGCCUGCAGGCCUACACGGCGGCGUGCCAGGAGGCCGGAGCGCCGCUGAGGGGGUGGAGGACGGAGAGCUUCUGCCGUGAGUCGCUGCGCCGGGAGGAGGGGGGAG